UUAUAAAAAAUAUACCAAUAUUCCAUCUUCUUUGUCUCCUCUUUUGCCAUACCCAACUGGAAUAGGGAUAACUACUUUGAUGGGUACGUAUCUUUUACAGACAACAAGGAUAUGGUGAAUGAUUCCAGCAAAGAUUUCAGCAAAAAUAGAAAAGCUUUCUAGGAUCACAAAUUCCCCCAAAACAGUAAAUUUCUCCAAAACAGCCACGAGCGUGCCACGCUCCCACCCACCAUUUCCACAUCUUCACCAUGGUCCCACCCCAUCUUAGCCCCCAUUUUCGUUGCUCUGCUCUCCCCCAUCUUUUUAACUCCCUCUCUUCACCUCUAAAACAAAAAAAAAAAAAAAAAAAAAAAGAACAGCAAAACUCAAAACCCUUCAACCAAUUCUUAUUCUUUCCCUGUUUGCAAAAGUCUCUGCUUUUCUUUUCCCAUUGCAUCAAAGAAGAGAAAUUUCCAUAUUCUUUUAAGCCAUGUUACUGAAAGCUGCUCCAGCCUUUUCUUUGUUAAACCCUCAGCCAGAGAAUCGGGGUCCUCCCCUGUUUUCCUCCGUUUCUUCAUCUCAAACCCCUCUUUUCAAUUAUCUUUCUUCUUUAAUUCUUCGACUUUCUUCUCCAAGACAUGGAACUGGGGCUGUUGUAGUUUGCGCAACCAAAGGAUCUAACAACAAGCCACUAACAGGUGUCGUUUUCGAGCCCUUUGAGGAAGUGAAAAAGGAGCUUGAUCUUGUACCAACUGUGCCUCAAGUUUCUUUGGCUCGUCAAAAGUUUACUGAUGAGUGUGAAGCUGCUAUCAACGAACAAAUCAAUGUCGAAUACAAUGUCUCCUAUGUGUACCAUGCUAUGUUUGCCUACUUCGAUAGGGACAACGUCGCGCUCAAUGGUCUUGCCAAGUUCUUCAAGGAAUCGAGUCUAGAAGAGAGAGAACAUGCUGAGAAAUUGAUGGAAUACCAGAACAAACGAGGUGGAAAAGUGAAGCUGCAGUCUAUAUUGAUGCCCCUCUCUGAGUUUGAUCAUGCAGAGAAAGGAGAUGCAUUGUAUGCAAUGGAGCUUGCCUUGUCAUUGGAGAAACUAACAAAUGAAAAGCUCUUGAACUCGCACGGUGUGGCUGAGCAGAACCAUGAUGUGCAGUUGACAGAUUUCAUUGAAGGCGAAUUCUUAACCGAGCAGGUGGAGGCCAUCAAGAAAAUAUCAGAAUAUGUGGCUCAGUUGAGAAGAGUCGGCAAAGGACAUGGGGUCUGGCACUUUGAUCAGAUGCUUCUCCAUGAGGGAGUGGAAGCUAUUGCAUGAAACCAAACCUGCUACUUGGUUUGGUACCAAAGGUUGUCCUAUAAGAUCUUGUGUCAGUAGUUCGUUGUCGAGAGGUUUUUGGUUGUAAGAUGUAUGACUAGUUCAGAAACUGUGUUGAUAUUUUAAGUCCUCUUUCCAAAGUAGUUAUGAAGUAAUGGAUUUCUUGUCAUGGUAUUUUUACUAAGAAAUUCUUUUUUAUUCAUGUAGCAACAUUUAUGACUGUUUUUAAACCCUGCGCAGUUAGCAUAUAGCUCAGAGUAAUGGUUUAAUCAUAUGAAAUCUCCCCGCGUUUUUAUGAGUAGAAAAUAAACCCAGGGUCAAUAACCAUUUAAUUGUCAAAGUCAUCAGUUUUAUGUUUGCGGUGCUUGUCCGCUCUGAAAACAUCGUAUGCAUAUAGACAUGCUUGCUAAACAACCAAAA